GUAAAUCCGGGUUUUCUGACUCCUGGGGUUUGACUUCACUACCUUACUGAAAAUCCCAUGAAUUAGCAAGUCCAGGUUGAACAUCUUAAUUACUCUCAAGAGACAGCGUUACGCUGAACAGUGUUUCUAUUACAUAUGCUCCGAUGGAAUGCAGCAAGUCUAUUUAAGCUCUAGACCGAAUACGCAAUAACUUUAUUUUCAAAUCUAGAAUCCCACCGCCUGGCAUACUAUUACGGUGGUAUGUCCAGCUACCCCAAGUUUAGUCGUCAGGAUACGGAGCUCUGCUUUUAGCCAUGACAAGAAUUCAUAUUGUCAUUGGCUAGCAUGGCCCUGUGUACUGCGUUAAUAUAGGAUUCCAACGAUCUGGGCGCGAAAUUCGGGUAUCCCUUGGCGUUGAACCCUGCUUGCGUCCUCGAGGGUUGCUUUUGGUUCUUUUUAUUUAGUCCAGGCCAAAUAAUGACACCGCCAAGGACGAAUCUGCGUCCUUAAUACUCAAGUUAUCGCUCUUUCGUUCGUCCAGACUUUACUGUUGCAAGAUGCGUCUCCUCAGGCUCGGAGCCGUGGUAGGCUCGAUCGUGUCUAUUGCAGCUGCUUCUCCAACAUGCCCCAUUGACGGACCUGCUUUUCCUAAGCCUCUCCAACCAUCUAAGAGCGAAGCGGUUAAGGCCGCAGUGGCAACGCUGAAAGAUGUGUUCACUAAUGUCACUGCGAAAGCCCAUAAUUACUCCAUAUCAGUGCAAGUCUUCUCGGCGAAUGAGCCAGAGCCCCUAUUCUCGCUGUCACAUACAGCGCCGAACCUCGCAAGUCAGAGGAGUACAGGAGUUAAAAAGGUUGAUGAGAACACCGUAUUCAGACUUGGGAGCUUGACUAAGAUUUAUACGAUCUACUCAUUCCUGAUCAACGCCGGUGACAAGCUCUGGAACGAGCCAAUCACCAAAUAUGUACCUGAGCUUCAAGCUUUAGCAAAUCGAUCAGAUCCAGUAAACUACGUGGCGUGGGAUGAACUUACUCUUGGAGGUCUUGCAACACAAUUGACGGGUAUCCCUCGGGAAUAUGCGUUACUUGGAGAAUUGACACAGUCAAACGAGACAAGAGACAAUGUGAUACAGUACGGCUUUCCACCUUUGACUCAAGACGAAAAGCCUCCUUGCGGGGCGUAUCCUACUUGCGACCGAGCGCAAUUUUUCAAUGGGAUUAGUUUAUUCUAUCCAUCUCUGGCCCCCUUCCAAACACCGGCGUACUCCAACGUUGCAUUCCAGCUCCUCGGAUAUGCCCUCGAAACGAUAACAGGCAAGACCUUUCAGACGUUGAUGGAAGAGAGUGUGAUUAAGCCCCUAGGAUUAAACAACACAUUCCUAAAGGCACCAGAAGACUCACGCGGAAUCAUCCCCGGUGAUCAUUAUACGACGGGCUGGGCUUUUGAUAUUGGUGAAUCAGUAGCCACCGGGAACAUGUACGCCUCGGCCAAGGAUGUAUCUACACUAGGCCGGGCAAUCCUCAGUCACAAGCUGCUCUCACCUGUAUCUACAAGGCGAUGGCUUAAGCCCUUCGCCUUCUCGUCCGAUCCACUCGCCAUGGUCGGAAUGCCUUGGGGCGCUAGGAGAAUCAAGCUAGAAGACACAUAUCGAUAUACUACAGCUUUCAACAAAGCCGGGAAUAUCGGAGACUACAGCGCUAUCUUAGCCAUCCUACCAGAUUUCGACAUAGGAAUAACCAUCCUCUUGGCUGGCGAGCUUCCGGGAAAUGCGGGUUUUAGUCUUGCCGAUACUAUCGGAGAGCGUAUUCUUCCCGCGAUAGAAGAGGCUGCUCGUGCUGAAGCAGGAGCCCAAUACAGCGGACACUAUGUUUAUCCAAGCAACAAAAUAAACUCGUCGAUGACCAUCACCACCGAUAAACUCCCCGGACUAAGCAUAUCUCAAUGGUUCAGCAACGGGACAGACUUCGCUUGGAUCUCAACAGUGUUACAAAACCAGUAUACCCCAGUCACGCCCCGUAUCAGGCUUUACCCAAGCGGCCUCGAGGGACCGGCAGAAAACGGCGGGAAGCGUGUGGCGUUUAAAGCGAUAUUUGAAGAUGCGGAUGCUCCAAGGAAUAACAAUAAGAUGUUCUCAACCGAAUGUGGGACGUGGGUAUCCAUUGAGUCCGUCAUAUACGGGUCGGCCGCUAUGGAUGAGUUGAUUUUCAACGUGGAUUCUAGUGGGAAAGUUGUUAGCGUUACGUCGCCAUCGUUGAGAGUUACUUUGAAUAAGGAGUAGCUUUUUCUCUCGGAGUUUAUAUUGUAAUAUGAAGCUGUUAUUAUAUCAUCUCUGUAGGUAGGUAGUUUUCGAUUUUAGUUAAGUCUCAAUAAAGGCCGUAGAGAAGUCUUUUGAAACACA